GCCGCCAUGCAGUUUUUUGUUCGCGCCCGCGAGCUGCACAUCCUCGAGGUGACCAGCCAGGAGACCGUCUCGCAGAUCAAGGCUCGUGUAGCGUCGUUGGAGGGCAUCGCCCCUGAAGAUCAGGUUGUGCUCCUGGGAGGCACUCCCCUGGAAGAUGAGGCUAUCCUGGUCGAGUGUGGGGUAGAGCCCCUGACCACUCUGGAAGUAGUUGGCCGCAUGCUUGGAGGUAAAGUCCAUGGUUCCUUGGCUCGUGCUGGCAAAGUGAGAGGUCAGACUCCCAAGGUGGCCAAACAGGAGAAGAAGAAGAAAAAGACUGGCCGAGCUAAGCGGCGCAUGCAGUACAACCGACGUUUUGUCAAUGUUGUGCCUACUUUUGGCAAGAAGAAGGGACCCAAUGGCAACUCUUAA